GAGGAAUUUAUACGACGUAAUUUUCGAUUUUCCCGCUGGCCGUUGUUCUCGAGCAAUUUAAGUUAAGUAGAACGACGGUGUCAGUCGGUUUAGCAGGUUUAACGGCUAAGGGAACGCGACAUUUUUGACAGACACGACGAAUCUAUGGAAAACGGAAUCGUCUUACGUACACAAAUCACUUUACGUUUAGGUAUCCUUGGUCAGUAAUGUGUAUCAUUGCGUUUGCCUAUGGCGUGCAGCCGUGACAUUGACGACACGAAUCUUCAUUCGAGUCACGCGUCCCGUGGGAGCGCUCCGCGACGAUCAAAGGAACAAACGUGAAUCCUUUAUCGUCACGUGGAUUAAUUGACAGUAGAAUAAUUCCUUAUACAUGCUCGCGCAGAAUUUGCCCAUGGAACUGUCAUUCUGUGAAACCAGAGAGACGGGACGAACCUCCUAUCCUAUCGAUAAAUCGAAUUUCGCAGCUGCGUGACGGUCUCGAUCGAUCGAUUGUUCGAAUGAGACCGGUGGUGCUCGACAACGACAACCAAAUUUUAACCAACGAAUUAUCAAUAUUUACUGUUAAACAGCGAAUUUGAAUACCGCGCCUUGGAAAUCGAUUCCUUCGAUCAGUCAGCCUUUAACAGCGUUAAAUACGUAUUCAAGAAUUGUUCGAAAUCAUCCAAAACGUGCAAGAUGUAUCUGUGGCGUUAUAUGCGGAUAGGGCUACAUACAUAUUGGCUAUUUGAACUUUUUCAAAAUUCAUCAGUAUUCGGACGACUUGUGAAAUUGUUAGACGGAUGAUCUGUUCCACAGAAUUAAACUUUUUCAUGCGAUAAUUACGACGAUAAUUCUUCUCUAGCGGAGUAAAAUGUUAGUACAUCGUAAUAAAUAAAAAAGUCUUGGAACAGUGGCGCAACAGCAAGAAAACUUUACCUCUGGUAUCCAUAUGCUUAUUAAACUGAAAAGCACCAGCGUGUUCAACGAUACCCGAACGAGUUUCCUUUGAUACGGCCACCCACCGAAAUAAGUCAGAAGAUACUUCGCCUGCGAGUACGCGGGAUUUUCAAAAAAAUCCAUGGCUGGCCGUUUACCUUGUCGAUUUCUCGACUAGCGUACGAUGGAUAAUGUCAAUGGCGAAUGGUGAAUUUGCCAUGAGAAAGAAAGUACGGGAAAGAAAUUGUCGGGACAGUCGGAUAAUCAUGUAACCGUGCGGUUUCAAUUUACAUUGAAAUUUGCAUGAGGACGGAAUUUGCCUUGUUCCGCGAACAGAAACACGCGCGAGAAAAUUGCCAUCGAUCUGUGCAUAUGGCUAGACUAUCUAGUGUAGCAUUGAUAGCACCCGCUCGGAAAAUAAUGCAGAUAAUACAACCUGUCAAUGUGGGGACAUGUAAAAUGGGAACAUGACCUGCUAGGUUGAUAUUCUUCUCAGGUCCCGAAGAAUCGUUGGGGUUGCAACGAACGAUCCGAUUACACCGUUACAUAUUUAAAGCUAAGCAUCUGCAACAGUAGCAAGACUCCUCGCUUCGUUUCAUUUGUAUCCUUUUUGAAUGAUCGGACACGUCACUUUCCUGAAGAACGCCGAAGGACCAAGUUCUUUAUCGCUCUGUGAAGAACGGACUUUACGGAGCGGACAAUGAAACUUAGACGGAACUAGACCCAUGUUAUUUUGUUGUCAUCAACUCUAGAUACUUCAGCUAUGUUCUUGAAAUGAAUGUGUAGAUCGUUGCAGUCGCUUUCUGUAUUAUGCGAAUUAGCGUUUGAAGGGAAAUCAUUCAUGUUACGAAAUGUUUAUAAUUGUGUACUGCGUGAAAAUCGCGGCACUUCUUUUCGGGUUGUAUAUGUUCACGAUUUUGCGAUGCGAGUUACAUCAUUUAUACAGAUGGAACAGAUUAUGGAAUAUCAAAAAAUAAUGCCUUCUCGACGAACAGUACCAUAAGCGGGAAUAUUUUUCGCAUUAUCCAUUGACGACACUUGCCCCAUAAUCAAUUUGUUUGAAACCAGUUGCGACCUAAUUAUAAUUGAUUUUUCAGUUCGACAAGAUGAUGCAGCUAUGGAAUGAGAAAAAGUAUAACAACUUUAUCCAGUGCGUGCCACCGUAUUUGACAAUGUUCGCAGCGACGGCAAAGUAUGUUAACGUUAUGGUGAAAAUUGACAAGGUCAGAGACUUGCUCACAUUUAUUAAGAUCGAUUCGGAACGGUGGGCAAAUCAACCGGAAGAUAAGAUUUACCGUGCACUCAGCAUGAAGGGAAGGCUAUAUGUUCAAAUUCUUGUAGCAUACGUUGGAUCGGCGACAUCAGUAUAUUUUGUGUUCCCGGUAUACACAUUGAUAACAGAGACCAGAAAUCAAAAGAUCGGAAACAGCUCUGAACCAAGAUCUCUCUUGUACCAAGCGGAUUAUCAUGUCGAUCAAGAGACAUAUUUCUUUUGGAUAACAUUGCACGCUUACUACUUAACCCUACUGACUGUGGUUCUGGUGGUGGCAAUGGAUUCUUUUUACAUUAUCGUUAUUCAUCACUCCUGUGUUCUGUUUACUAUCGUAGGGUUUAAGCUAAGAACAGCGCAUAUCGUAGACAAAACUAUAUUGUAUAAAGAUAACGAGUGGCAGAAGCUUGAAAUCAUAAAGCUUACAGCAGAGGAACAAGAGAAAACGUUUCGGAACGUUAUACAAUGUGUCAGUGAGCACAACAGAGCACUGCAAUACGUAGACCUUAUCCAGUCAAUGUUCUCGACGACAUUAUUAAUUCAAAUUGGUUUGAACAUUGUAAGCCUGAGUAUCAGUGCAGUGGAAAUGCUGCUAUAUAUGAAUCAAAUUGAAAUAGCACUGGGAAUGGGAUGCUGGCUAGCCGCACAGGAAUUCCAUUUGUUAUUCCUUUGUCUUCCUGGACAGAGACUCUCAAACUCCAGCGAAAACGUAUACUACAAUUCGUUGGAAUGCAUGUGGUACCUGUUCUCCUCGAAGACUAUAGUAGUUUAUCAAUUUUUCCUCCAGAACACCAUACAAACUCGGGAAUUGAUAGCUAUGAAGCUAACGGUGUUGAAUAUGGAAACAUUUCAAGCGGUGACUCGUUUGGCUGCAUCAUAUUUUACGGUGUUGUCGUCAACGCUGUAAAUAAAACCAGCUAACGAACAAUUAAAAGUAGUUUAUAUUGGAAAAGUUGUCGCAAGUAUUCGUCUAAUAAGGUUCUGUUAUUCGAUAUUUACUGUUUAUAAUAAAAUAAAAUCGAAUGGAGUAGCAUGUGA